UAUUCCGUUGCACGGGAGAACUAAGCGCUAUCCCUUUUCACGGGCAACUGGUUACCGGUAGACCAACCCCACCGGCGCAUACUCCAGGUAAACUAGUGAUCACCGAAUCCUGAAAGUAUGGACGGGAUCUGGGAAAGCGAAAGGUAGCGCAUUUCCGCCUCGUGCUACAUCGCGAUUCUGUGGUACGGUACCGAUCUCCAUAUCCACCAAAAACACCAACCGGUCCCUCGUCCCUCCACUUCUGCACAACCCCGAUCCCGUGGGCGAGUUGCCUUCGUUUUCUCCGUGUCUAUUCGCAAUUCGUAUCCGCUGACGGUCGUUUGCUGAAUACAGAGACGCGCCUCUAUCGCUCUUUGCGCAAUUCGCCCUUCAUAGCUUUCACGUAGUCACGGCCUCUUUUCGUCCUUUUCCGUUUCUACUGGUCUUUCUUUGAGAAAUUUCACUCGCCGAGCGCUACAAAUGCGGCUUGAAUCGAUCCAAACAUGGGUCGAACGUCGAUAUUCCCCUUCCAGAGGAGGAAUCAAGAGCCGCAACCUCAAAUAGAACACAUAUCCGCUCCAACCCUGACCGUAUUCCCUCCUUCACGAGCAUCGGCACGACCAGCGAACAAAGCAGAACGAUUGCUCGGUGCUACCGGCUUCGGUACCCAUUCUACAUCGCCACGUCCCUCGUCGUCGCGGCGGCAUUUCGUUCAGCGUCCGCGGGAGGAAUCGAAAGCCAUCCGAGCUGAUACCGGCUAUCGCGGCGACGGCUACGACCUGGUGGACCAUCCAUCCCGAAAUGCCGACGUCGACUACCAGAGCCUUCGAAACAAGGCCUCCUCCAAUGCCUUGGGGGAAACGCACCACCGCAAUCUGACACCCUCGGUCACGGCUAGCAGCGGUACCAAUCGAAAUAUGCGGCACCAACCCUCCGAUUCGACGCUUCGGUCCUUCUACGACCCCGCGCGCAUCCCUCUUACCAUCUCCCAACAGACAUCCGAUUCGGCGGUGCGGGAUAGAGGACUACGUCGAGGCAAGCCAGCUCCUCUCUCCCCCCCCAACUCCGCUGGACAGAAUCGUCCCGGAGUCACACUCACAAAUGCCGACCACACAAAUGGAGAACCAACGGGGCAAUCCAAAUGGGGUUCGCGUCUAGAUAUAACGAAACUGUUCCCGAAACCCAGGUCGUCGGACAAACGACCGUUGACUCAUAACCUUGUCCAUUCCCCAUCCCAGAUGUCAAUGUCUUCCGACUAUUUCGCGGCUUCUGCAGAUUCGUACCGUGCAAAAGAUGCACCGCGUUCAGUCCGGACAAGACCUUCCAUCGCCUCCAUCUCGACCAAUCCACAAGGCGAUCCAGCAGCUCCACCAUCCGGUCACAGCAGACCUGCCAGCAGGCCCAUUAGCGGAACGCCUAACAAGUACGACAACGCCAAGAUGAACGUUCGUCGUCCGCCGAAAGGGAUACAAAAUUGGUUCGAUGGUCUGCUCGAGGAUGAUUCGGAGGAGGAUGCUGAGGUGGAACCCGCUACACCGCACAGUACCCAGCCUCCAUCCGAGUAUCGGUCAUAUACGUCGUCGCAGCUGUCAUACGACGUUCAGGAUAAGAGAUAUCGCCCCUCACCAGAGGACGAACGAAGGAGGCAGCGUGCGUCACCAUACUCCGCAGCCCAAGACAAGCGAUCGCACGCGACCCUCCGACCUCAAAAUUCCCAGGAGGCGCUUUCGAUGCGCAGCGGGUUUACCGCCAUGACACGCGAGAGCAAGAUAUCGAGGACGAACUUGAACGAAGCAAGCGUGCUGUCCUUCUCAUCCUCCGACGAAGAAGACAAUGUGGCCGAAGAAAGCGACCUGGACACCGCUUCGAGAGCCUGCGACAGCAGCGUCCACACCACGGACACACGAGACUCGGCAGGUCAGAUGCUGAUUGGAAGAGCGAGAGCCCUGGAGUUGAAACCGCGAACCAGACAAUCCACGGAGUAUCCUCCGGCGCAGGCGUUAGAGGGUGCUUCGAAGGCUACCGCUAGGGAACAUGAGGCGUCCUCAAGGAGCAGGUCCGCCAGGGAUAACUCUACUGACGAUUCGAGUGACGUCGUUACAUCACCACGAAGGCCGCGCAAGACGCGACUGUCCCGGAUCGUGGAAGAUGGUCCUCGACCGACGCCUCCCGAAGCUGAGCGGUCAGUCGAAAAGUCCACGGCAGCUGAGAAGAAGAAAAAGGAGAGUGAGCUGCGGGCUCUCAAAGCUGAGCAACACAAACUCAUGGCCGUGACGGAGGAGGAAGAAGCGCUUCUCGAGAUGAUGCGAUCGAAACGCGCCGCGAUGGCGAAGCACUCCUUCACCGAAGGAUACCGCACGGCCAUCAAGCAAGAGAAGCGACGCAUCGCCUCCACCCAAUCCUCCGUCUCCGGCUCGCCCCCGCGCGAGACUGAGCGGCCCCUCUCCCCGCGAUUCGAACCCCAGCCCGCGACCGCGACCGCGACCACCCUCGACCGCGAGCGCAUCACCAUCCUCACCACCAAACCCCCCAUCCCCGCCCGCACCUCCUCCAUCCCCUUCCGCCCCCCCACCAACAUCCUCUCCGCCUUCCCCCUCACCCCCUCCACCCCCCACGGCCUCCCCUCACCCUUCUUCCCCUCUCCACCCCCCCGCGACCCCCUUCCCCCCCUGGAAACCCUCCCUGCCACCACCUACUGCUACCCCUCCCACUCCUCCAACCUCCACCAUCCUCUUCCCCGCCCUCUCUCCCCACUCUCCCUCCCUCUCUCACCCUCCGCCACCGCCUCCGCAACCGCUUCCCCCCUCCCCUCUCCCCUCACUCCCCGCCGCGGCUCCGACGCCCCCUCCGACAUCGCCGUGCGCGUGAUCCCCAGCUCUGGCAGCGAGGGCAGCGGUGGUGGGCGCACGAGUCGCGCGGAUGAGUUGGACGCGAUCGCGGUGGGCGUAGAGCAGAAGGCGAGGGUGGGGAUGGCGAGCGCAGAAGCGCAUACGGCGCAGGAGCGCGAGCGGGAGGGGAAGGGAGCGGGGUUGGUGGUGUCGGAGGCGGUGGUGAAGGCGCGGAUGGCGAAGCGGAUGAGCGGUGGUAUGGGGAUGGGUGUUGGCGCGGAGCGGACGAGGAAGAGACUGAGUCGGGAGUCAGAGGUGGGGGUGGCGAGGACGGGAUCGGGGAGGACGGCGGGGUCAGGGCGGACGGCAGAAUCGGGGCGGACGGUAGGGUCAGGUAGGAGUAGUAUGAGUAUGCGGAGUAGUGUGCGGAAGGAGGACGUAAGGAGUAGCGUGAGUGAGGAUGUGUUGGCGGCGUGGGGGAGUUUAGGGGGAUGGAGGGAUUGGGAGAGUGGAGGCGAGGUGGCGGCGUGAGGAGUGUUUGGGUUGGGGGAGGCGAUUUUGGACAUCUCCGAUUUUGUUCUGGAUUGGGUUGAUGAUAUGGUGCUGUUCGGAAUGGGACUGGAAAUGACGAAUCUUGAAUUCUUCGCUCGAUGACAGCGAGCUUUUAUAGCGUGCGAUGAAGGAUGGAUUUGGGAAUACGGAGGAUUAUUGAACCAUUGUAAUUACGAUAAACCAUUCAUGGACUAAUAUAUUAUAUCUUCACAUCAUGUCUUAACAGUUCGCAACAGGAGAUGUUCCUUUGAAUUGUUCUCCAUUCGCUUUGAACUCUGUGACUAGGAGUACUGGAGGCUAUUUGAGCUUCUUCUACGGCGUAUCUGGAGUUCGACACAGCAUGAUUCGGUGGAUGGUGAUGUGGCGAAUCCGUCAGACAUGUUUGCCACGGGUAUGCAAACACCGGAUUUGAGAUAUCAAACUGGCAG